AUGUCGUCCUCCGCAGCACCGAGCCUCGCCCACCGAUCCAUUGCCAACAUCCGAACCGAAACGGGCUCUGGCAUCAGCGGCGGCCCUGCAAGUCCACACACCCCUUCUCGCAACAUCUCGUCAACAUUCGGCUCCCCAUCUAGUCUCCGCGCUGAGGAAGACAUCAUCGUCAUAGAGCUGGGCUCUCGAUUCAUUAAGCUUGGGUUCGCGGGAGAGCCAGCACCGAAGGCUGUGCUGUCCCUAGGUCCUGAACAACUACGCCGCGUAGGCGACUUUCGCACCUGGGAUCCAGACCACAAGGAUGAUUGGAGGCGGCGUCCAACCGGCAAGACUUGGGGAGACGACCAUGAGCUCUGGCAAUAUGAUGCACCCAUUGUGUCUUUGAUGUCAUCUGCAGUCACGUCGGUUGUAGGAGCUGGCACUCGGUCAGCACUGGUUGUGGACCUUGGCUGGGCUGAGACCAGUGUGACGAGUGUCUACGAAUACCGCGAGAUCCGUACAACAAGGACUACUCGCGCAGGAAAGAUGCUGGUUAACGAGACACAUAACCUGUUGCAAGAUGCACUUUCGACAUCAUCAGCACACUCGCAGAGGACAUGUCGGGAAAGGGAGCAAGGGCGGCACUCUCUAAGUUUUGAGGAAUGCGAAGAAGUCGCCUGCCGCCUCGUCUGGUGUCGCCAAGUCAAGCGCGGCGAUCUCCCAAGUGCUAGGCAGCCGGAGCAACAGCAAUCCGGAGGAGAGGCACUGCCUACGGUCGAGGAGCAGGACGAAUCCCCACCGACUUCGCCCGUUGAAGAAGAGCGGUCCGAUGGCAAUAUCGAGGUUUUGAUUCAGUCUGUGGAACCAGUGGAGAACCUGACAUUACCAUUCCAACAACUGUCCGAGCCGUGCGAAAACACCUACUUCGCGCCACACUACUCACGUAGUAGCUUCGACGAUGACGAGCUCCCUGUCCAUCACCUCAUCUACCAACACCUUGUCCAACUACCGAUCGACGCUCGCGCAGUGUGCAUGUCACGCAUUGUGUUCAUUGGCGGCUGCUCCAGAGUCAUAGGCUUGAAGCGGAGGAUAUUCGAUGAGCUGUCGAAACUCGUCCAUGAGCGUGGUUGGGAUCCCGUCCAAGGGCGUGCACCAAAGCAGUACGAGAAUAACGCGUUGCUGAAGAGAGGCAGCCGACGGGCGACCGAAGGCCCUACAGAGAUUGAGCCGCCAGCAAGGGAGACGGAAGAACGUAGAGUCACGGGCGAAGACGAGCCUAGAAGCGCAGCGGAUGUCAUUGAGGACUCCCUGAAGAAGCGAGAUAGUCACUAUCCUAGAAUACAAGGCGCCCUUCGGCCUCUGGGUUCUCUUGGACCGUGGGGAGGGGCCAGCCUGGCGUGCCAGCUCAAAGUGAUGGCGAUGGCUAACAUUGACCGUGAGCUGUGGCUGCAACAAGGAGUCAACGGGGCUUCACGGCCGAGUGAAGUCGACGUCAAGGCUCAGCAGCGGCAAAGCAUGGGGCCCGGUGGACUGAUGCGAGGAGCUGGAGGUCAAUCGAACUGGACAUUGGGGGCAUGGGGAACUUUAUAG